AUGCAUGACAUAUCUGUUGCUGAGCAAUUAUAUUGUAACCUGAUUAAAAAUGUGACAGGCGAUGGAGGCACCGCUGGGGAUGGCGAGCCCAUUGUCGGGGGUGGCAAUUCCGAGAAAAAGCCUGGAUAUGAGACUAACCUUUACUUGUACAGCGAAGACCUGGACAAUCGUCCCCGGGUCACCACUCUACUCAACAAUUUGGCGAGCUACAGCAACACGAUCCCGGUUGCUACCGAUCCAGAUGCUAAAUCACCACCUCCAGCUGGUGCCCCUGGUGGCGCACGUAUGGGCACCAUUGUCGGCGUCUUUUUGCCUUGUAUCCAGAAUAUCUUCGGUGUCAUCCUCUUUAUUCGUCUCACGUGGGUCGUUGGUACUGCCGGAGCUAUUCAGGGAUUCCUCAUCGUUCUCUGCUGCUGCUGUGUCACCAUGUUGACGGCAAUAAGUAUGAGUGCCAUCGCAACGAACGGUGUAGUACCUGCAGGAGGAUCGUAUUUCAUGAUAUCAAGAAGUCUCGGUCCAGAAUUUGGUGGUGCUGUUGGUAUGUUAUUUUACACCGGGACCACUUUAGCAGCCGCUAUGUACAUUAUUGGAGCUGUUGAAAUUGUUUUAACGUACAUGGCACCCUCGGCAAGUAUCUUUGGAGACUUUACCAAGGACCCAAAUAUUAUGUACAACAAUUUCCGAGUGUACGGCACCGGGUUAUUAAUGGUGAUGGGUACUAUCGUAUUUAUCGGGGUGAAAUUUGUCAACAAGUUCGCUGGAGUCGCACUUGCCUGUGUCAUCUUGUCUAUCAUCGCAGUUUAUGUUGGAAUCUUUACUAAUAUCAACGGCAAUGAUGCUCUCAAGAUUUGCGUGCUGGGUAAACGGCUGCUGAAAGACAUCCCCAUAACGGCGUGUUACAAAAAUGAAACAGGCCCGCUUGCAGACAUUUUCUGCAACAAAACCACCCAAGUGUGUGAUGCUUACUAUUCUUCGCAUAACGUAUCCAUCAUCAACGGAAUUAGGGGACUUUCUAGUGGUGUUUUUCUAGAAAAUGUGUGGGGCAGUUUCCAAGAAGAAGGACAGUAUGUUGCCUACGGAGCUGAUCCAGUAGAUACCGACAGGAUAACAGAGUCUACUUACAAUUUUGUCCCCACUGAUUUGACAACGGCGUUUACUAUUCUUAUUGGUAUUUUCUUCCCUUCUGUCACAGGUAUAAUGGCCGGUUCAAACCGUUCUGGAGAUUUAGCCGACGCCCAAAAAUCAAUUCCAAUUGGUACAAUAUGCGCAAUAAUAACAACUUCAGUCGUGUAUUUAUCAAGCGUGCUGCUAUUUGCGGGAACAGUUGAUAAUUUACUGCUGCGUGAUAAAUUUGGUCAGAGUAUCGGUGGUAAAUUGGUAGUGGCGAAUAUGGCUUGGCCGAAUCAAUGGGUGAUACUUAUUGGUUCAUUUUUGUCAACCCUCGGUGCUGGAUUACAAUCAUUAACCGGAGCACCGCGAUUACUACAAGCAAUCGCAAAGGACGAAAUCAUACCUUUUUUGACACCAUUUGCCGUAUCAUCGAGCCGGGGUGAGCCAACUCGGGCAUUAGUGCUGACCGUCGUAAUUUGUCAAUGUGGAAUACUUUUGGGGAACGUCGAUUAUUUGGCUCCUCUGCUGUCCAUGUUCUUCCUUAUGUGCUACGGGUUUGUAAACUUGGCCUGCGCCCUCCAGACUUUACUCAAGACACCAAACUGGCGACCAAGGUUCAAAUUUUACCACUGGAGCUUGUCCUUUCUCGGGCUGUCACUUUGCAUCGCGAUUAUGUUUAUGACCAGCUGGUACUACGCACUUCUGGCGAUGGGUAUGGCCGGGUGUAUCUACAAGUACAUAGAGUACCGAGGAGCCGAAAAGGAAUGGGGAGAUGGAAUUCGCGGUCUUGCCCUGUCAGCAGCAAGAUACUCCCUCCUUAAACUAGAAGAAGGUCCACCGCAUACUAAAAACUGGCGCCCACAAAUUUUGAUCCUCGUUAAACUGACAGAGGAACUGGUGCCCAAGUACCGUAAAUUAUUUGCAUUUGCAAGUCAAUUGAAGGCGGGACGUGGAUUAACAGUUUGUGUCAGCUGUGUAAAGGGCGAUUAUACCAAAAAUUCUGGUGAAGCAUUGGCUGCGAAGCAAAACCUCAGGCGAAUUGCUGAUGAAGAGAAAGUUAAGGGGUUCGUUGAAGUACUGGUCGCUGGAAAUACUAUUGAUGGGCUCAGUGCAUUGAUACAGACCACCGGAUUGGGCGGAAUGAAACCCAACACUGUGAUACUGGGGUGGCCGUACAAAUGGCGUCAAUCUGAAGACGAUAAUACUUGGCGCGUUUUUAUUCAGUCGGUACGCAAUGUUACUACGUCACGCAUGGCUUUGCUCGUACCUAAAGGCAUUAACUUCUUCCCUGACUCGACGGAAAAAGUUGUCGGGUACAUUGACGUCUGGUGGGUAGUUCACGACGGAGGGUUACUUAUGUUACUGCCGUUCUUGCUCAAACAACAUCGCACAUGGAAAAACUGCAAGAUGCGAAUUUUCACCGUCGCACAGAUGGAGGACAACUCUAUUCAGAUGAAAAAGGAUCUCAAGAAGCUGUUAUAUAAUCUACGUAUUGACGGUGAAAUUGAAAUUGUCGAAAUGAUGGACUCGGACAUUUCGGCGUACACUGUCGAGCGUACUCUGGUAAUGGAACAAAGGAAUCAAAUGCUACGCGAGCUGCAGCUGAAUAAAAAAGAGUCCCAGGGAUUGGUACAAGCUGUCGUCGACCAUCACCACAGCGUUGACGUGAAAACUGCAACCAAGGUGCGGUUCCAAGAACCGAACUCACAGCAGCCCAAUGGAAUUGAAGAAUCUCAGGAUAAAUCUGCGACUCAAGAAAACCCCGCGAGUAAGGAGGGCGAUGCUGUUGAGAGCAAUGAAAAAUCCGAAGAUGCUGCUGAUAACAAAGCUGUUGGCUCCCCUAAGCCAGACGCUAAGGAAAAGAGCGACAAGGAAACUAAAGAAAACGAUACAUCUGGAUCGGCGACUAAGAAACCUACUGCUCCAGACCAAGAUGACGUGAGACGUAUGCACACAGCUGUUAAACUGAACGAAAUUAUAGUUAACAAGAGUCAUGACGCCCAAUUGGUAAUCUUGAACUUACCUGGUCCGCCUAAAGAUACGAGAAUUGAACGAGAAGCCAAUUAUAUGGAGUUCCUUGAAGUAUUAACCGAGAGCCUGGAAAAAGUAUUAAUGGUACAUGGCGCAGGCCGUGAAGUAAUUACAAUGUACUCGUGA